UUUAUUAUUAUUUUUUUCUUUUUAUGCUAAGAAAGUGAUGACAGUAGAAAACUAGAAAUGCAAUCGGUGAAGGGAAGGUCGACAGGAAUGAUGGGUUCGGAGUCUACGAGCCUAAUCCCGGGUCUCCCAAACGACGUCGCAGUGAUGAUCCUCUCGAUGGUGCCGUACUGCCACCACGGAAGGCUGAAAGGGACAUGCAAAUCAUGGAGAACGGUGCUGUCGUCGAAGUCGUUCUUGUCAUCCCUCCGUCGCAACCACCUUCUCUGCAUAUUCCCACAAGACCCUUCGAUCGCCUCACCCUUUCUUUUCGACCCAAACGCCGUCGCUUGGUGCCCACUCCCUCGUAUGCCCUGCAACCCACACGUGUACGGUCUCUGCAACUUCGUCGCCGUGCCCCUCGGCCCACACCUCUACGUCCUCGGCGGUUCCCUCUUCGACACUCGCUCCUUCCCCAUCGACCGUCCCUCUUCCACUUCCUCCACUUUCCGAUUCAACUUCCAUGAUUUCUCCUGGGAGCCCCGCGCCCCUAUGCUCUCCCCGCGCGGAAGCUUCGCCUGUGCCGCAAUCCCCUCCUCCGGCCAUAUCCUCGUCGCCGGCGGUGGGUCGCGCCACACCAUGUUCGCCGCCGCUGGCACCCGGAUUCGCUCCGCGGAGCGAUACGAUGUGCGGAGGGACCGGUGGGUCGCGGUGGAUGCUUUGCCUAGUUUUCGUGCUGGGUGCGUUGGUUUCGUUGCUGGGAAUGGGAGGGAGUUUUGCGUGAUGGGUGGAUACGGUGCGUCGAGGACUAUUUCGGGGGUUUUCCCGGUGGACGAGUAUUAUAGGGAUGCUGUGGUGAUGGAAUUGGAAGAUGGAACGUGGAGAGAGAUUCGGGAUGUGUGGGGUAAUGGGGAAAGGGUUAGGGUUGGGAAGAUUGUUGUGUCCGGUGAUCAAGACUGUCCUGCGGUUUUCAUGCUUGAUGGGAAUGAGAUUUUAAGAUAUGACAUGUCUUCAAAUCGUUGGCUAUAUGAGUCUCGUGUGCCAAGAAAAGCUCCUUACAAUUCGUCAUUUGGUUUUGUAGUAUUAGACGGGGAACUGUAUGUAGUGACACAUUUAUGUGUUGUUGAUUCUACAGAAACACGAAGGUCCAGACACCAGAAGAGGCCAGGAACUCUCUGCAUUCAAAUCUAUAACCCAAAAAAGAAGACGUGGAGAUCUCUUGCCACAAAGUCACCUUUCAAUUACCCUAUAGAUAUUAAUAGUGCUGUAUUGAGCUCAAUUUGUCUGUGAAUUGUAGUGCAAUGUUGUCUAGUUUAGGAAUCUGCCAAAUUUCUUGUGCAUCACAUCAUUUGAUCCACCAGGUUUCAUGCAGGUGGCUUAUUUGUAUAUUUCUGUAUUUUUUAGUACAUCUUAAGUCUUGAUCAGGGUAUAGUUCAUUUUAUAUUAGUUGAUACUGUCUGAAUCUGGAUAUGAGUGACAUAUUGUAUCAGCUAUUACUAAAGUGUGUUAGCCCUGAAGUACUGAAUGUUUGUAAUGGAUAAAGAAAUGGAUUGA